UAAAUAGUCAAUAUGUGUGGGGCAUCGAAGGUGUAGAGCAAAGAUGUGUUGUGGAAGCCCCAGCAGCUGCCCCUCCUGCUGAUCACUGCCCCCACCUCACUACUCAUGGACUCCACAAUAUGUGGACACCCACCAAGAACCAGAAAUACGGCGUGGUAAUCUACAAUUUUGACCAAGAUGAAGUGCCUCAAGCCCUGCACCUUGAUGUUGGGGAGACUGUACAAGUAUUGGAGGAAUGUCGGGGUUGGUAUAGAGGGUUUUCCACACGUAAUAGGAAUGUGAAGGGAAUAUUUCCCGCUCAGUUCAUUCAUCUCAAGCCCUUCAAGAUAGACAAUGAAGGGUUGUAUGAGACUGUAACACCUGUAGAGGACCCUGUAGUACAAGAGGCGGCCUCAGUGCUACGAGAAUGGGGUCAAAUAUGGAAGAAUCUCUAUGUGCUUCUUGGAACUUCCCAGGGCGAUCAGGAGCUCUGGGAUGCAGUCCGCAAGGCUAUGAUGGAUGUGGCAGACUGGCGCAAGCAGUUGAUUACUGGCACAUUAACCUCUGAUCAGAUUGCACAACUCAAACUGAAGAUUACAUCCAAAAUUGACUGGGGAAAUAGGAAACUGGGUCUGGACUUAGUACCCCGUGUUGAUGGUGAGAUGGUAGAUCCUGAUGCUGUGAGUGUGGUAGAGCUUCACCAAGUGCAUGUCCAGAGUGCCGAGGCUUCACAGUCGCAUUCACAGGGUCUUGGGACGCUGGCCAAGAGGAAGGAGAGAAGGAAGGUGCUCAGUCAUCACUUGUUUUUCUGUAUGAGAGACUUCUCUUAUCACUUAGGCGAAGAUGCUGAAAUAUUUUUCUCAUUGUAUGAUGCACAGAAGGCAAAAUUUAUAAGUGAAAGAUUUCUAGUCAAACUAUCAAAAGAAGGUUUCUCAAAUUAUGUAGAAAAAAUCCACAGCAACUGCACAAUAUUCACGGAUCUCGGAAGUGGUGAUUUGGCUUCGGAUCUGUAUAUUGUAGCCCAUGUUGUCAGAGUUGGACGCAUGUUGUUCUCUGAGUCUGUGAAGAAGAUGUCGUCACAUAAUUAUCGACGACCGUAUGGUAUAGCUCUCUUCAGAUUAGCUCAAUCUGUUCUACAAGGAGGUGAAGGAGAAGUUGAACUUACUGGGAAACUUUUCACUUCUGAUGAAAAAGACUUCUGGCAACUACCUGAGCUUGUUCUGAAGAAGCAGUCCAACAAGUACUCUAUUAUGUCAAAUAAUGCUAGUUAUGGCUUGGUGGUUAGUGUGAAGGUCGUUCAUGGAGAGCUUGAGCAAGCCACCAAAGAAAAUCCCCUUUUGCUCAAGAAUGUUUGCGUUACGAAGAAACUAGGGUUUUCUGAUGUUAUUAUGCCAGGUGAUGUAAGAAAUGACUUGUACGUGACUUUAAACAGUGGAGAAUUUGAGAGAGGCGGCAAGUCUGUGGGUAAGAACAUUGAGGUAACUGUGCUGACUCUGGAUGCUGAAGGACAGGCUUUGCAGGCUAUUUACAGUGGUAUGGGUCAUGAGGGGACACCAGAGUACUCAUCUAUGAUCAUGUACCACAACAAUUCUCCACGAUGGAAUGAACGGCUUAAAGUAGCCAUUCCCAUCGACCAAUUUGCAGGAGCACACCUCAGACUAGAGUACAGACAUUGCUCAACACGUGAAAGGAACGAGAAGAAAUUAUUUGGUUUUUCAUUUGUACGAUUAAUGGAUGAUGAUGGAGGGACAACUUUGCGUGAUGGAUCGCAUGAGCUCUGUGUAUAUAAAUGCGAUGAACGAGGACGUUUAAGUAAUCCCAUGGAGUACCUGAAUAUGCCUUUCCUUUCCAAGGAAGCGGUAGAUUGUAUUUACUCUCUACCAUUCCAGCGAUCUCCCAAAGAAAGCAUUAUUAUAGAUACUCUGCUUUGCUCAACAAAGCUUACUCAGAAUGUUGAUCUUCUCUCGCUGCUACGUUGGCGCUCUACUCCUGAUGGUAUUGGUGAAACACUUUCGAGAUUAACCCGUGUUGAUGGUGCAGAAACAGUCAAGUUCCUACAGGAUGUGUUGGAUGCAUUGUUUGCUAUGUUCUCUACAGAUGAUGGCAAUUCAACACAGCAUUCAGGUCAUGUCUUCCAGGCCCUAGUCUUUAUCUUCAGCCUGUUAGAAGAUAGCAAAUUUGAACACUUCAAGCCUGUCAUGGAUGCUUAUAUUACGGGGCAUUUUGCUGCUGCACUUGUUUACAAGGGCCUUAUCAGUUGUGUGAAGCACUUGUCAGACCUGUGUCCUCAAACUGAGAAACAAGAGGCUAUAAUGAGGUGCUUCCGCUCCCUGGAAUACAUCUUUAAGUUUAUCAUCCAGUCCCGGCUGCUGUUUGCUCGAGCCACAGGUGGACAGAAUGAGGACUCCUUUAGAGUUGAUGUAGAUAGCUUGUUUGAGUCUUUUGCUCACAUGCUAAACAUGCAUUUAGAAAACAUUCAAGCUUCUCAGGUAACAUUAUUAGAGCACCUCCAAGGAGCCUGUGAUCAAUUAUGUCGUGUUCUUAGUCCUGGGGAAGUUGCCAAUCAUCUCAGUAAUUUGUUUAAUGCCACACCAGUUGAAAGUACAAGGGACCUUACCAGAGCCAAGCUACAUGCCAUGAAGAACUCUGUAAAUUCACCAAUUUAUGAUGAUGAUGGUAAGUAUAGUCCUAUAUUAAUGGUAUACAAUACUAACAAGUUGAUGAAUAAGAUGCAAUUAAGUGCUAAUGAACUGAUUAGGACUAAGUAUAGUUACCAUAAACCUGAAAGCAUCCAUUUACCUGCAACUUUGCACCAGGACGUUGAAAUGAUAAUGCGGACCUUGUUUGAUGUUGUGGUACAAGUCAUCCUAACACUGGAGAGAUCUGCUCCCAGCUCAGACAGCUGUACACUAGCACCAGAUGUGAUGGGUCUGGCACAUCUUCUCACAGCCUUGAAGACUCAGUUUGUACCCAUUCAUGCCUCAAUGACCCUGGGCAGCUUUUUCCUCGGUUCUAUGGAUGAGGAAAUUCGGGGCACACUGGUAGCAUGUCUAAUGGGCAUUCUGCAGCUGAUGGGGGAGUCUCAUUACUCAAAGCUGUGGGAAGCUCACAUGAUCUCGGGAACGCACCACUUACGUCACCUUCUUCAUUCAACGAUAGUUUUACUAGCUGAUCUUGUAAGAGCAGCAGUCUUUCCAAGUGACUGGUUUGUCAUGCGCAUGGUUACCAACUACACCAUUUUGGCAGCAAUGCAAGAGAUUGCACAACCUCUUAUAUCUACAUUUCUUAAGCAAGGAAGAUUUGACAACCAACUCUGGAGUAGCUAUUUGAAUCUGGCAGUAGGAUUUCUAACUCAACCAUGCUUGCAAUUAGAACAUUUCUCACAACAGAAGCGGCAUAAAGUGCUUGAACGUUACAAUGACAUGCGAGUUUUAAUGGGAUUUCAGAUCCUUUCAAUGUGGCGUGAACUUGAUGAUCAUCGCUUGCACUUCAUCCCAGGGAUGGUUGGUCCAUUUUUGGAAGUAACACUGGUUCCUGAACCUGAGCUUCGUAAAGCUACUCUUCCCAUCUUUUUUGACAUGAUGCAAGCAGAGCAGCAAGCGAAGGGUAGCUUUAAACAGGUUGAAACAGAGUUAAUAGAUAAACUGGAUAUCUUAGUCAGUGAAAAUAAGGGAGAUGAUGAGUAUCGUCAGCUGUUUAAUACUAUGGAACACUUAAGUGCAGUUUUAUUGGAGAGAGUUCGAUCCAAUGAUCCAGUCUGGAGGGAAAGUGGCACUGCUUUCAUCAACUCUGUGACGCGCCUUCUGGAAAGGUUAUUAGACUACCGUAAUGUGAUGCAAGGUGAUGAAAACUGCGACAAAAGAAUGAGUUGCACUGUUAACCUUCUGAACUUCUACAAAAAUGAGGUAAACCGGCAAGAAAUGUACAUCCGGUACAUUUACAAGUUGCAUGACCUACACGUCCCAGCAGGAAAUUUCACCGAGGCAGCAUUUACUCUUCAGCUUCAUGCUAAUCAGCUAGCUUGGACACAGAGGAUGUUACAUGCAGAUCACUUAUAUCCAGCACAGACUGAAACUCAGAGAAAGGAGCUGAUCUACAUGAAAAUAAUUGAUAAUUUUGAUAAGGGCAAGUGUUGGGAGCAAGGUAUACCACUUCUGGAGGAAUUAGCUACACAGUAUCGUACACGCUUGUUUGAUUAUCAGAAACUAAGUGAAGUGUUAAAGAGGCAGGCAACAUUCUAUGAGAAGAUCUUGAGUGGUAAACGCUACGAUAAUGAGUACUUUCGAGUUGGCUUUUAUGGCUUGGGACUUCCUUUGUUCGUUAGGAAUAAGGUUUUUAUCUACCGAGGUCUGGAAUAUGAACAGAUUGGGGCAUUUACGCAGAGAAUUCAGACAGAGUUCCCUCAGGCCAAGAUGUUGUCUCAUAACACUCCUCCUGAUGAUACAAUACGAUCAUCUGAUGCCCAGUACAUUCAGAUUUGUGCUGUGAAAACUUUAACUGAGCCCAAUCCAAUGUUUGAUGGAGUGGAAGUUGAUGAAAGAAUUUUAAAAUACUAUUCCAACAACCAUGUCCGACGCUUUGUUUAUGACAGACCAACAUACCGUGGCCCUGCUGAUAAAGAUAAUGAGUUUAAG